AUGGACAGGAUCAGUGGAUUAUGUGAUGAAUUGCUAGUGAAAAUAUUGCUAUUGCUUCCAACAAAAGUUGCCGUAUCCACUAGCGUUUUAUCAAAACGAUGGGAGCGUCUCUGGAUGUGGAUGCCAAAACUUGAUUACGAUGAUCAAUCCUAUUCAGAGCCUGAGUGCAAGAAUUUACGGUGUUUCCUUGUCCGAAGUCUGCCACUACACAUAGCUCCGGUCAUAGAAAGCUUGCGUCUCAAGUUAAGUAAUUCGCAUUUUACACCUGAGGUCAUCGAAUUGUUGGUCUCUGUUGCUGUUUCUCGUUACGUACGUGAGCUGGAUAUAUCUUAUUCUCAUCAUCCGAAAGUUUCAAACAUGCUGCCGAGCAACUUGUUCACAUGCAAAUCGCUUGUGAUUUUGAAACUCGAUGACGAGAUUCUCUUGGAUGUUCCUCGUGUGGCAUGUCUUCCAUCUCUGAAAACUUUGCAACUUCAAAGAGUGACAUACUCCAGUGAAGAGUCUCUUCAACGACUGCUAUCUUCUUGCCCUGUUCUUGAAGAAUUGUUGGUGGAACUAAACGAUGAUGAUGACUAUAUGGUCAAAUUUACCAUCAUUGUUCCAUCUUUACAGAGUUUAUCACUAUACAUACCAUAUCUUUAUGUUAUAUAUGGGUAUGUGAUAAAAACUCCUUCUUUAAAGUACUUCAAACUUAAGGAUCAUAACAGCAAAAGUCACUACUGUUUGGUGGAGAAUAUGCCUAACCUGAUCGAGGCAUAUGUGGAUGUUGAAUUUCCUGAUAUCAAGAGUCUUGUUGGAUCAAUCAAAUCUGCCAAGCGUCUUGAAAUAUGUUCAGAGGCUAUGUAUGAUGAAGGAAUUGUAUUCCGCCAGCUUGAGCAUUUGAAGGUGUGUAGAUGCAAAGAGUGUGCGUCGAGUCUACUUGUCCGGCUUCUUAAAGAUUCUCCUAAGUUACGAGAACUAGACCAUUACGAAAUGAUUGAUCAUUACUAUAAUGGUACGAUUUUCUGGAAUCAGCCAAGCACUGUUCCUGAAUGCAUGUUGUCGAGUCUGCGAGUUUUCAACUGGUCGGCAUACACAGGAGUACCAGAAGAGAAAGAUCUUGCGAUUUAUAUCUUGAAGAAUGCCAACCGCUUGGAGACUAUGACAAUCUCGUUUGAUGAAUGUGAUAUUCCAGAAGCUGAGAUGAUAAAGGAGUUGGAACUUCCUUCCAGAGCUUCGAAAACAUGCCAACUCAUAUUUGAUUGA